AAUUUACACCGCCAUAGAAGUUGAACAUUUGUGAAUUUAUGGUGCCGCACCUAAUGCAGCUCUGUGUAUAGUCCAAAGAGCAGAGACUAGAGGACUCAUAUUUGGAAAACUAAAGCUGGUGAUGAGGUGAGCUUCUGUAUUCAGUAGUAUUGUUGUGUUUGAUACAUUUUCCUAUUGGUAUUUCCAUUUUUCAAUACCUUUUCAGUUUUAAUUCUCGAGUAUGUCUGUUUUCCUUCUUUUUUCUACUUCUUCUUUCUGCCUUUCUUCUGUUAUUUUUCCUAGUCAACCUCAAUCCAUUUAUUUUCCCUUUUCUUUUUUCCUCCUUUACUCCUCAUUUUCCCUUUCCUUCUUAUUUACUAAAGAUUUUCUCUUUCCUUCUUCAAUGUGGAGUCCUUCUUCACUCCUAGCAGUAACUAUGUCACUUUCUACCAGUGCUGCUCCGAGUCAGAGAACACUGGAGUCCAAGCUGGUGGCCCUGCAGUGCCACUUCACCUGGGAUCUGGACACCAGCGAGACUACACUUUACUGUCUCAAGGACAAGCUGGAGGACAUCGCAGGGCGGCGGAGGCCUUCCGCCAGAUGAGAAACACCGUCUCAGAUGAGGGUCCCUGGUUGGUGGUGAACCACGGGAACCUGGCUUGGCUGCACUACCAUAGGAGAGAAAGAGCAGAGUGUCACGCUCACCUUUUAAAAGUUGAAACCAUGAUGAAUGAGUAUCCACCUCCAUCCCAGGGCGAGCUCCACCCGGAGAUCUACGCUGAAAAGGCCUGGACCCUGAUGAAGUUUGGCACAGACAAAAGGCUGCAGGCUACAGAUUAUUUCCAGAAAGCCAUCAGGAUGCAGCCGGACAUGGUGGAGUGGCACACCAGCCACGUCAUCGGGUUAGAGAAUACUCUAAGACACACUGGCAAAAAGCUGGUGGCUGACAUCUUUGAGAAAAUGAAAAUUGCCAAGGAACAUGAUCCAGAGAACUUGUACCUUGCUGCUCUGUACCUUGAGGCACGUGCUAAGCAAGGGAAGAACAUCGAAAGUGAAGCACGUGAGUUGGCCAGAAGGGUUUUAAGAAAGCCCAUCAGCAGCUACAGUGGUAUCGCACCGUUACUAAGGCUGUACAGAAUCUAUGUGUCUAUGGAUGAGGCCAUUGAUUUGGCAGAGGAAAUUCUGGGAAGACAUCCAGAUGAGCGUUAUCUGAAGAAAUGCGCAUCGCUCUGCUACAAGAAGAGGAUCUUCCAGGGGAGUGACAAUCCACUGGAGCACAGCAUGAUCGACAGAGCAAUCAGUCUCCACAGGGAAGUGAUUACUCUUUACCCUCUUUCUUCACUUGCAAUAGAAAUAUCUCUUGCCGACAUAUAUGCAGAGUCCAAUAACCAAGCUAAAGCUGACCAUAUAUACAAGGAACUGCUGAAAAAGGAUCUGGAUCCCGAAGGGGCACAGAUGCUUUACAACUGCUAUGCAAAAUACGUACAUUUCAUCCGAAAGGAGAGCUACAAGUCAAUCGAAUAUCACAUGAAGGCGGCAGCGAUACUGCAUCAAUCUUCCUAUCGUAAGAACAGCAUCAAUACCCUGGAGAGGAUUAGAGCAAGAAACAGAAACCGAAUGUGCAGAGAAAUUGAUGAGUUUCUGAAUAACCUGCAAUAAAGCCUGGCAGAAAGAAGGCACAUUUAACAUAUUGCCCAACUGUUUGACUGUUUGUAACAACAUUGGGGGUAAAUCUUGAGUCUUACGAAUUAGAAACCUUCAUUGCAGAGGACAACUAGAAGACUCCUUUAAUAUUGUUUUAAGGAUAGGACUAUAUGAUAAAAUUAUGUUUUUUGAUUAAAGUCAGGAAAAGUGAAGCAAAUGGGUAAGGUCCUUAAUUAAACUUGCAUUCUUCCAUUUGACCAGAAGUGGACAAUUCCUUAGGGUUUCAGAGUAAAGUCUGAAUGUAUGGAAGAUAAAAUGGCCCUACUUGUCAUUCAAUGUAUUACCUCAUUAAACAAGUAAACAACGAGUUUUUGGUCUUCUGACAGAUUAGAGGCUCAUUAUCUCGAUUUGUUUUGAACUUGAGGUAUGUAUGUAUGUAUGCGAUAUAAGUGUGGGCACCCCUGUUGUAGAGGAUGAAUGGUAGCUAUCAUCCAGCAUAUAUUCAUGUCAUAAUCUGCUCUAUGUAAUAUUUUACAAGGUCUGAGUCUCAGUCGUACUAAGGAUAAACAGAAAACAGCAGUGAGAGACUGAUCGUGCUCAUAUUACUUCAAAGCUAAAAGAUAGCAGUUGACAUAAAUAUUGCAACAACUCCCCUCUGCCUGUUUCCUCUUCCCAGGGUGUUUAGCCAAAUUACUCUUUCUGCAGUUUAAGCAGAAUUCAAGUAUGAAUCACAGGAAGCAGUUAUAAUGAAAAUAUGUGUUGCUCUUUUUAGGAGUUAUUGCUGGAUAAUUUACCUAUUUUAUCGGGAUUGUAAAUAACUUGUUAUCUUCGGUUUGGGUAAAUAUUUAGUGCAACUAUAUUGUUGAUUUGCGAACUUUUAGAUGGUACACUACCGUUCAAAAGUUUGGGGUCACAGGGUCAAGAAAAGCACUGUUCUUUCAAUGUAGAUAACAUUAAAUUAAUCAGAAAUACGCUGUAUACAUUGUUAAUGUGGUAAAUAACCAAACUAUUGUUUUUUAAUGAAAUAUCUACAUUGGUGUAUAGAGGCCCAUUUCCAGAAACUAUCACUCCCAUGUUCUAAUGGUAAAUUGUGUUUGCUAAUGGCCUUAGAAGACUAAUGGAUGAUUAGAAAUAGUCGCCUCACAGGUCCUCAACUGGUAGCUUCUUUAAAUGCUACCCGCAAAACGGCAGUGUUCACGUCUCCAGUGAAGAGACGACUCCGGGAUACUGGCCUUCUAGACAGAGUGGCAUAGAAAAAGCCAUAUCUGAGACUGGCCAGUAAAAAGAAAAGAUUGAUAUGGGCAAUAUAACGCAGACAUUUGACAGAGGAAGAUUGGAACAAAGUGUUGUGGACAGACAAAUCAAAGUUUGAGGUGUUUGGAUCACACAGAAGAACAUUUGUGAGACGCAGAACAGCUGAAAAGAUGGUGGAAGAGACACCAUCUGCCAAGCACGGUGGAGGUGAUGUGACGGUGUGGGGCCUCUUUGAUGCUGUUAAAAUGGGAGAUUUGUACAAGGUAAAAGGGAUUUUAAAUAAGGAAGGCUAUCACUCCAUUCUGCAACACCAUGCCAUACCCUGUGGACAGCGCUAUAUUGGAGCCAAUAUCUACAACAGGACAAUGACCCAAAGCACGCCUCCAAAAUAUGCAAGAACUGUUUCCAGGAAGAAGCAGGCAGCUGGAAUGCUGUCUGUAAUGGCGAGGUCAGCGCAGUCACCACAAAUUGACCCCAUUGAACUUUUGAAAGGUAGUGUAUGUCUUUGAUAAUUAGUCGGGUGUGUGUCUGUGCGUGUGUAUAUCAAGCGCAACCUUCCACGUAAGACUAUUUUUAGCGUGUAUAAUUAAAACUGGUUUUGGAUUCCCACUUCAACCACAUUUAAAUGACCCAUUGACGUUACAGUAAGAUGCAAGUGAUUGGGCUGUUAACUGUGGUGCACUGCUACAUUGAGGUUGUACUCAUUUAUCAGUUAUCAGUAUCAAAAGUUUUCUUGAUUAAUCCAAAAAUUGUUUAAUCCAAAAACACUAAAUCUAUUCAGUUUUGUAUAACCUCAAACAAAAACCAUUUCCUAAUCCUCACCCCGUCUAAACAAAACCAUCUAACCCAUUGUUUGUUUUCUUGAAAAAUGACUAUUAUUUGAUCUCCUAACUGUAAUUUAUUCACUUAGAGUGUUUUGUAAUACAUUGCAUUUUAACAUCUGUACUAAAGUCUGC